GUGUGUGAGAGAGAGUGUGAGUGUGAGUGUGCGCACACGAGUUGUGAAGCUGACUGCGUACCCGAAGAACCGUGAGACGGCUGGGGGGAAAAAAUAAGGCAUUUCACAUUCAUCCUCGUUGCAUAUUCUGAAGAAAACAGGAAAGGCACCUUUCGGGUACACAUUUUUUUUUUAAAAGAGGACGAGGAGGAGGAGGAGGAGGAGGAGGAGGAACCGGUGGACAGCAGGUGAAUCUCUCACUUCUCCAAAAAGCCAGGGAACAGAGAGAAGAGGAACGCGUUAACAGCAAGUGCCGCACAUUGGACUUGCCACCAUCAGCAGCCCUCCUCUCCUCCUCUCUCCUCUCUCGCCAUCCCUUCGCCCCCCCCCCCCCACUGACUCCCCAUCCAACCUCGUUCUGUCGCUCUCCUCCUCCGGUGACCCCCCAGCAGACACCUCACAGCGCAGCGCGCUCUGGAAACAAGAAGGCGAGUUGCAUUUCGUGGGGACCUCUGCGCUGGACAUGGAUUAAAAAAAAGGGGGGGGGACGGGGGACGGAGCGCCCGCAAAACUGGAGCAGCACGCGAGACCACGCCGGGGGGGGAGGGGGCGACGGGACUCGGUGAAUUCGCGGAGCCCCCGGGACAGAGGCUGCGACUGGGCCCACCCCAAGAUGACGUCUCCGAAAAACAAAGCCAAGAAGAAACCGCCGAAGGACAGCAUGACGCUGCUGCCGUGCUUUUAUUUUGUAGAGCUCCCCAUCGUCCUGUCCUCCUUGGUGUCCCUGUACUUCCUGGAGCUGACGGAUGUGCUGUCCCCGGCAAUGGUGGGCUUCCGUUGCCAUGACCGCGACCUAUCCAUGCCCUACGUGGAGACGGGCGACGAGCUCAUCCCACUAUUGAUGCUGCUGAGUUUGGCCUUCGCCGGUCCCGCGGCGUCCAUUAUGAUGGGGGAGGGAUUGAUGUACUGUAUGCAAUCUAAGAUGAAAUCCUGUCCCAAGUCAGAGAGCAGCAUCAAUGCAGGAGGCUGCAACUUCAACUCCUUCCUACGCAGAACUGUGCGCUUUGUCGGUGUUCAUGUGUUCGGUCUCCUGGCAACAGCCCUGGUGACAGAUGUCAUCCAGUUAGCGACGGGUUACCACGCCCCAUUCUUCCUCACCGUCUGCCAGCCCAAUUACACGGCCCCGGGAGUGUCAUGUGACAACAACGCCUACGUCACGCAGGACGUCUGCAUGGGGAAGGACCAGUACGCCAUCAUGUCGGCGAGGAAAACCUUUCCGUCCCAGCAUGCAACGCUCUGCGGCUUCGCCGCCGUCUAUAUCUCCAUGUAUUUUAAUGCCAGCAUCGGCAGCACGACCAAACUGCUGAAGCCGCUCCUGGUGUUUGCCUUCUGCAUGGCGGCGGGCCUGGCCGGGCUGACGCAGAUAACCCAGCACCGCAGUCACCCGAUCGACGUCUACGUGGGAUACGUCAUAGGAGCCGGCAUCGGCGUCUACCUGGCUGUGUAUGCGGUGGGAAACUUCAAAGCAUCGGAUGAAGAUGCUUCCUCCUUACAGAGACUGGCCCCGGCUCAGCAGAAGGACGGCCUGAGGGUGCUGAGCCAGCGCAGCCAUGACUCGCUGUACAGGAAGACUCCCCGGGUGUCGGAGAGCCGAGAGGAGCUGGGGGCCGGGCUGGGAUCGGGGGCGCGCAGCAAGGUGAGGAGGGAGAAGGCAUCCCUGGCCUCCCUGAAACGAGCAAGCGCCGACGUGGAGCUCCUGGCAACCCGGGGUCCCAUGGGCAAGGAAACCAUGGUGACCUUCAGCAACACAUUGCCCCGGGUUGCAAAUGGCAACAGCCCCAUCUCCCCCUCCGAGGAGCCGGCUACGGCGCAGCGCCACAUGACCUUCCACGUGCCCUUCGACCCCCAGAAGUCCCGGCAGCUGGUGUCGGAGUGGAAGCAGCGCUCGCUGGAGCUUCGCAGCCAGAGCUCCCGCGACGAGGAGGAGGGAGCGGACGAGCGCGAUAUGGGAGACGAGGGGGGAGGAGCAGGAGGAGGAGGAGGAGGAGACGGAGACAAGGGGAUGCCUUCCUCGCUCUAUCCCACGGUGCAAGCCAACAAGGGCACCGCCACACCGACUGGAGCCAGGAUGGUGGUGUCGCCCCCGCUGGUUUACAUCCCCGAGGAGGCCUGUCGGCCGCCGCCCGUCUCGCCCAAGAGCGCCAAGACCCGCGCCAAGUGGCUGUCGCUCACAGAGGGAGGAUCGGCGAAGGAGCCGGGAGCGGGCCCCAUCGCGGUGUCGACGCCCCGCGUGCCCAACCUGCCGCCCAACCAGCCGCCGAGUCAGCAAAGGAUCACCCAGGUGAUAGCUAUGUCGAAGCAGCAGGGUCACGGGCCCAUCGCCUCGUCCGCCAAGACGUCCGAGGGCGGCUCCUCCUCCGGCGGGGGGUCCAGCUGCUCCGAGUCGCCCUACUACCGGAUCCCGUCUGACCGGGACAGCUGCACCGGGAGCAACCCGGGGAGCAUCGCCGGGAGCGGGAGCAUCGUCACGAUUGACGCCCAUGCCCCGCACCACCCGGUGGUGCGCGUGUCGGCCACCAACGGCAAGCCGUGGGAGUGGAGGAACACCAUCAGCGGCAACAUGAUGGCGGCGGACACCGCGGGGGACAAACACCGCGCCGCGCUGCAGCGGCAGGACAAUAUCAGCCACUACCGGGACUACCGGACUCUCCCGAUGAAAACGGACUCGCUCUGCUCCUCCUCGGCCAGCGGCAGCGCGGAAGGAGGGCCGGAGCUGCCUCCCCCGCCUCUCCCCGCCUCCUCCUCCCCUCUGCCGCCCCCGCCUCAGUUGUCGUCAUCCCCUCUUCCACCACCGCCUCCUCACUCGUCCCCUUCUCCUCUGCCUCCCCCUCCGCGCCCGAGCUCCUCUCCAUUGCCUCCCCCUCUCCCUCAUAUGCCUCCGCCUCCUCACCCAUCCUCUCAAAUGCCCCCUCCACCCCUCCCAUCGUCCUCUCAAAUGCCCCCUCCUCCUCACCCGUCCUCCUCCCAUAUGCCCCCGCCUCCUCACCCGUCCUCCUCUCAUAUGCCCCUACCUCCUCACCCAUCCAGCUGUCAGAUGCCCCCGCCUCCUCACCCGUCCUGCUCCAGCAUGCUCCCCCCUCCGCCCCACCCUGAUCUACUGAUGGACGGCCACAGCCAGACACUGUCCCGCUCCUCCACCCUGCCCCGUCGGCCUUCCGUCUCCGCCCGCAGCCAUGCUGAGCAGGAGCACUAUUACAAGGCCAUGCAGAACGAGAGGAUGUUGUAGUGACGGGGGGGGGGGACCACUGGACAUCGUUGCCACAUAACCGAUUGUGCUUCAGGACACUCGGCUGAAAGAGACAGAGAAACAAAGUAGGUGGUGGCGGGUGAAAAGAGGUUUUAUGACUUUUGAAAAAGGACAAAAAAGAAAAAAACUGAGAGAAACUGAUUCCAGAACGGCAGCUCCGCUCAAUAAUGCUGGAAAUGGAGGGACAGCAGGGGUGGAGGGAUCCGGGGAGGUCUGGCAGCUCACACACUCAGCAGGGGAUCUGGUCGUCCCCCCCCCCCCCCCCCCGCGCGCUCACACGUACUGCCCACGGCGCCGGCUCGACAGCCCUGACGGGGAAAAGAACGGGGACAAGGGAAGAAAGGGGAGACGGAGAGCGCAUCAAAGUCCCCGGUGCACCUCUAGUCUUAGCACGCACAUCCAUCCUCCGUGUUCCGUUAAGACAGUCAUUCAAAGAAAGGAAAGAGGCGGCUGCAGCUGAGAGAGAGAGAUAUCGCAAUGAACAGUCAGGGAUAGGCUAAAUCAAGCUUCCCCUGAGAGAGGGGGGAUAAGACGGAGGAAACAAAACAACUACAGGCAAUACUAGCCCUCCUUAAACUAGUGCGGCCGUCUGAGGAAGCCAACCGUUUACACACACACACACGCACGGAGAGUUUGCCCAGUUGAGAAUCGCUGUCUUCAGAUCACCACGAGAUAUGGGGGGGGGGGGGGGGAAGUAAAGAACGCAAUGAGGACCAGUUCAGCCGCAGGUUUCGAGAGAUGAAUAAAUCACCUCACAAAAGCAUCUCUUUUACUCCUCUGAACAAACGCACCAACAUGGGGAGGUCGUCAUAGGAAAAUAUUAGAUGCAAAGUUAAAUCAUAAGUAUCCACCAGAGCUUGCUUCUGGAUGGGGUGUGAGGAGGAGGAGGAGGAGGAGGAGGAGGAGGAGGAGGAGGGGUGGGUGUAAAGAAGGAUCGCGCACAGUUGGUCAACACCGUGCAGACGUGGUUCGAUGGAUUACUAUUGUGGGAUGGAAGGAGUUUUUCCUAAAAGUGACGGUUGAGGCUGGGCCAACGCGGCCGGUCAGUCUUUGUCUGCUUGUGUGUGUGCGUGAAACUUUGCCGCUGAGCGUGACGGCGCGCAAAGGGAGAUUAACGUUUGUCUUAUCAAACCACGCCGACACACACUCCUCCCUCUGAUGCCCUCUGGCGAGUCGCAGUGGUGGAGCGGUGCAGCCGCCGGCCGCCGCCACCGGUUAACAUGCGCGUUGGCUGGAUCUCAACGAUUUUGGAACCGCUUUCAAACAACAUAGACUCUACAAGGGGUUUGAUUUGUUUAUGAUCCUUUAUUUAUACUUGAUACAUCGGUAACACGUCCUAAGAGGAACUUUUAAAUCUGGGAAGAGCUCUAUAGAAAGUUAGUAAUACUUAACAAUUCUUGUUCGUCCAUCUGCCCGUCUGUUAUCCACACCCACCGCUCCUUAUCACAGUGAAAACCCCUUUAUUAAGUUUGCCUUAUUCGAAAGUGACACGAAGACUUCUUAAUUGCUCCAUUUGUGUCACGAAAUCAUUCCAGAUUUGUUUAACAAAAGACUGUCAGGGGAAGAAAAAAAAACCAACCUCAAUUUCUCAAUUCAAGGCCCACUUGCUUGUUUGCUUCGGAGCUUUCGUCCGCAUCACGAGGUCUUCAUCAACAGAUGUCAUUUUCUCCGUUGCCAUGGAGCCGUACACGUCCAAACAAACUACGGGGAGGUAGCAUCUGCUGACGAGGAGGACCAUGUGAUGCGGUCAAAAGCCCCCAGUGCAACUGCUGCAAGUGGAUCUCGAGUUGAAACUGUUUUGUCAGCUGCUGUUUCAAAGGUCAUUAUCUAAAAAGAUAUUAGUGCCGAAGAUGGCUUAUUUUCUCUAUUUUCUGACAUUUCAAAACGAUGACUGAUUAUUAGUCAAAUACAUUUUUUAAAUUAAUAGUUAAUAAACGACUGCAAGCAGUCAGUAUUUGCAGACCUGAGGAAUACACUUCUACAGGUUGACUCACCCCUGCCUCUUGUGUGUAUUUAUACUACGUUGUAUAAAGUUACCAUCUGAUAUCUAUCAUUUCCUACAUAUUAUCAUAUAAGAUUUCAUACAUCCAAGUGUUUGUUUUUUUCCCCAUCAGAAAAUAUUCCAUCCAAUGACAAGUGCUUUAUUUCAGAUCAUACUCUGAUCAUACUUUAAUGACAGAUGCUGACUCACAAACGCGCAAAUUUAGUUUCCACUCAUGUGCCGCGACCUCGGAAAGAUGAAUUCAUAUCUUGUAAAGUUGUGCCAGGAAGAGGCUGCGUUCAAUGGAACAAGUUGUAUUUUGUAGUGGAGCUCCUCCGAUGAGGAGCCGGUAGAUAACGUUUGCUUGUCAGUUUGUGCUGCAUGUGUGUACGAGCGUGUUUUUUUCAUUCAUAAAUAACUUACUGUACUUCGAGUCUGCACCAUUAUUUUUGACAGACAGACCGACAUGCUACAUUUUGAUUAUCGUACUGGUCCGUCCCCCCCCAUUUUGACUGUACAUAUACUUGAUAUUACCUUCUAUUAUUAAUAGGAUUAUUAUCAUUCUGCUGUCCUUUUUUAAUGGGCUAAUGUUUUUCUAUCUGUGGUUGAUGUGUAAUAUUAAUAACCCCAUUGAAUAAAAAAUGAAGUCUUCUUAA